AUGAUUGAGUUCGAAGACUAUUUCUCGAUUCAGAUUUUCUUCAUCAUUCUCAGAGAAACCUUGGAGACAGCGAUUAUCAUAUCGGUACUUCUUUCGUUUAUCAACCAAAGAUCGCAUACACAUAACAGUCAAAUAAGCGAACAACAGGAUGAACAUGACGUGUCUCAUCUUGAAAAAGUACAGGGAAAGUUGCGAUUUCAGGUCUGGUUUGGAGCCAUUCUUGGUUUGACCAUUUGUCUUUUCAUUGGGUUGGUCUUUGUAACCAGCUUCUACUUGAUAGGUAAAGACUACUGGUCGUAUACUGAACGUCUUUGGGAAGGAGUAUUUUCAUUGCUUUCCAGUUUAAUCAUUACCAUUAUGGGUGUAGGCUUGCUUAGAAUAAAUAAGGUGAUGAAGGUGAAAUGGUGGGUUAAAUUGGGUGAUGUCUACAAUAGCUCAGAUAACCAUAUCGAGGAUGCUGAAGGAGAAGAAGAAAUUGCAAAAUUAGGAGAUGACAGCAGCCCUGAAGAUAGUCUUCUUGGUGGUUCCAGUGAAGAUACAAGAAAGCAGUCGUUUUCCAAAAAGUACUUUUUGGCCAUUUUACCGUUGAUAACCACUUUGAGAGAAGGCUUGGAAGCAGUUGUUUUCAUAGGUGGUAUUGGUAUGUCGCUGCCUCCUACUUCUAUUCCAUUGUCUAUUUUGGCUGGUGUUUCAUUCGGGUCACUUGUAGGCUAUCUUUUGUACAAGGGAGGUAACAAGAUGUCCUUGCAGUACUUUUUGAUAUGUCUGACGUGUUUUCUUUAUAUUGUCUCUGCUGGUUUGAUGAGUAGAGGUGUGUGGUUCUUGGAGCUUGAACACUUUGUAAGAAUGUGCGAAGGCACCGACCCAAGUGAAACUGGUAGUGGCCCAGGCUCUUAUGACAUUUCCAAGAGUGUGUGGCACGUUAACUGUUGUAACGGGUUGAAAGAUGGAUGGUGGAUGGUCUUUAAUGCCAUUUUUGGCUGGACUAACUCCGCUACUUACGGAAGUGUGGCCACAUACAUUUCGUACUGGCUUUUGGUUAUCAUUUGGUUGGAAGUCAAAUUGUACGAAGAGAGAGAAGGUGUUCUUCCUCUUUUGCCUAUUAGAUGGCAAUUAAGGAGAAUAAAAAAGAAGGUCAAGAUGUACGAA